UCCCAGCCGCUUUCAAUGGAGGAGAAGCCCGGCCAGCCACAGCCUCAGCACCAUCACAGCCACCACCAUCCGCACCAUCACCCCCAGCAGCAGCAGCAGCAGCAGCAACAGCAGCAGCAACAGCAGCCGCACCACCACCACCAUUAUUAUUUCUACAACCACAGCCACAACCACCAUCACCACCACCAUCACCAGCAGCCUCACCAGUACCUGCAGCAUGGAGCCGAGGGCAGCCCCAAGGCCCAGCCAAAGGCGCUGAAACAUGAGCAGAAACACGCCCUCCAGCAGCACCAGGAAACGCCGAAGAAGAAAACAGGCUAUGGUGAACUAAAUGGUAAUGCUGGAGAAAGAGAAAUAUCUUUAAAGAGCCUGGGUUCUGAUGAAGCUACCAACCCUAUUUCCAGGGUCCUCAAUGGCAACCAACAAAUUGUAGACACUAAUCUGAAGCAGACUGUAAAGGCCAACACCUUUGGGAAAGCAGGAAUUAAAACCAGGAAUUUCAUUCAGAAGAACAGUAUGGACAAAAAGAAUGGGAAGUCUUACGAAAAUAAAUCUGGAGAGAACCAGUCUGUAGAGAAGACCGAUACUGUAGCAAUUCCAAAUGGUGUUGUAACAAAUAAUUCUGGCUAUAUUACUAAUGGUUAUAUGGGCAAAGGAGCAGAUAAUGAUGGUAGUGGAUCUGAGAGCGGAUAUACCACUCCUAAAAAAAGGAAAGCUAGGCGCAAUAGUGCCAAGGGAUGUGAAAACCUUAAUUUAGUGCAGGACAAAAUAAUGCAACAAGAGACCAGUGUCCCAACCUUAAAACAGGGACUUGAAACUUUCAAGCCUGACUACAGUGAACAAAAGGGAAAUCGAGUAGAUAGUUCGAAGCCCAUUUGGAAGUAUGAAACUGGGCCUGGAGGAACAAAUCGAGGAAAACCUGCUGUGGGUGAUAUGCUGCGGAAAAGCUCUGAUAUUAAACCCAGUGUGAGCGGCAAAAAGUUUGAUGAUCGGCCCAAAGGAAAACACGCUUCUGCUGUUACCUCCAAAGAGGACUCUUGGACCCUAUUUAAACCACCCCCAGUUUUUCCAGUGGACAAUAGCAGUGCUAAAAUAGUUCCUAAAAUAAGUUAUGCAAGCAAAGUUAAGGAAAACCUCAACAAAACUGUACAGAACUCUUCUGUGUCACCAUCUUCAUCUUCAUCCUCUUCGUCAUCUGCUGGGGAAACUCAGACCCAGUCUUCAAGUCGGUUAUCCCAGGUCCCAAUGUCAGCGCUGAAAUCUGUUACUUCGGCCAACUUUUCUAAUGGGCCUGUUUUAGCAGGGACUGAUGCAAGUGUGUAUUCUCCAGGGGGUCAGCCACUGUUAACUACUGCUGCUAAUACUCUAACACCCAUCUCUUCUGGGACUGAUUCAGUUCUCCAGGACAUGAGUCUGACUUCAGCAGCUGUUGAACAAAUUAAAUCUAGCCUUUUCAUCUAUCCUUCAAAUAUGCAAACUGUGCUGUUGAGCACAGCACAAGUGGAUCUACCCUCUCAGACAGAUCAGCAAAACCUGGGGGAUAUCUUCCAGAAUCAGUGGGGUUUAUCUUUUAUAAAUGAGCCCAGUGCUGGCCCUGAGACUGUUAUUGGGAAAUCAUCAGAUCAUAAAGUGAUGGAGGUGACAUUUCAAGGGGAAUAUCCUGCCACUUUGGUUUCACAGGGUGCUGAAAUAAUCCCCUCAGGAACUGAGCAUCCUGUGUUUCCCAAGGCUUAUGAGCUGGAAAAACGGACUAGUCCUCAAGUUCUGGGUAGCAUUUUAAAAUCUGGGACUACUAAUGAGAGUGGAGCCUUAUCCUUGGAACCCAGUCAUAUAGGUGAUCUGCAAAAAGCAGACACCAGUAGUCAAGGUGCUUUAGUGUUUCUCUCAAAGGACUACGAGAUAGAAAAUCAAAAUCCUCUGGCGUCUCCUACGAACACUUUGUUAGGCUCCGCCAAAGAACAGAGAUACCAGAGAGGCCUAGAAAGAAAUGAUAGCUGGGGUUCUUUUGACCUGAGGGCUGCUAUUGUAUAUCACACUAAAGAAAUGGAAUCUGUUUGGAAUUUGCAGAAGCAAGAUCCCAAAAGGAUAAUCACUUACAAUGAAGCCAUGGAUAGUCCAGAUCAAUGAAGGACCAGACUGCCUAUUUGUAACCUUUCUGCAGCAUUAGAGCCACCGUUCAUGGGGGACACAAGGCUUUUAUGCUCCUAGAUCUUCAACGCAGCAGAGGAACCAUAAGUAGAAUCACAGGAUAAUAUAUACAAAUAUAUAUAUAUACAUAUAUAUAUAUAGUUAUUUAAAAAAAGGCAACUGAAAGUAAUUAGACUUCAUAAGGAAUCAAAAUUUAUUUCAAGAGACUACACAUGGUUAUUUAAUCUCCGGUACUGAAUAGUUUUUUGUUUUUUUUUUCUUUUUUCUUUUGUUAGUUUUUGUUUUUAAGUGUGAAUGCAAGUGAUUAAUGAAUACAGACUUAUUACCAAGCGUGGUUCUAAAGUUCCUGCUGUCAUCAACUUGGGCAACAAAUGACCCACUGGAAAGGCAAAUCCACUUAAAAGAUCUCUGUAUCUUGUUCUGUGACUAAAGUGAUACACUAAUCACGGGGAACCCAGAAUGAUUCAACAUUUCCCCCACUCCUCCUUUGAUCUUUUGGUUAUACUUUGAGCCCUGCGAGAAUGCUGGAUAAAUGCCUUGAAGUUUGCAGGGGUGUAUUUUUUUUAGCGAAUAUGAUUUGCAUGUCUUGCCAGGAGUUAAGCAGCCUCUGUGGGGUGUUGGGGAAAAUUUUCUUUCUUUCCUUUUAUUUUUCGUGGGGUGGGGAUAGGGGAGGGCAUUGAAGUUCUAUAAUUCUGGAAUAGUUGGUGGUACAUAGUUCACUUGGCUUUGGUUACAUAUUGGACUUUAACAAGUGAAGAAUCCAUGAGUGUCAUUUAAAGAAAAGUUACAGAACAAACAAUUGGCUUUAGAUAUUUAAUAUGGAAAAAUAUUCCUUUGCCCAUAUUUUAAUGUAAUUGUAUAAGUGGGAGCAAAAAUAUACUCUGCUUUUCAACUGUAGGUGCUCCAGACUUGCUCUCUGUCACUAACACUAAAUGUGCUGUUUUCCUUGUUUUUCAUUGAACAUCAAAAGAGAAACUUCUGUACCUUUCUGUAAAUUCUCUUUUAAUUUCUCAGAAAUAUCUAAAAGGGGAAGAAAAAACUCCAUGAAAACUAGAAGACUUUUCAUGUUUUUAGCCAGUGAGGAGGUGAUAAACCCUGCCUGCAGAAGGUGUGUUUCCAUGCAAACUAUACUUCUGAGCUUAUUAGCUUCUAAUUAUAUCUUAAUAAAUAUAUUUUAUUACUAGAGCAAAAUGGGUUUUUUAAGGAAAAUAAUGUGAAAUUCUGGAAAUUUUCUUUUGGGCAGAGAAGAGCAUUAGCCCUGUCUUAUCAUCACAUUGCCAUCCUGUUGCACUGCAGCUUGUAUAUAGCAUGCUAAAAUAAAUUUUUUUUGUGUGUGUGCAGAAACUAAGGGUCCAAUUUAAGAUUGGGUGAUGUUAGUGGCAUAAAAACAAGUUCUCUGGCCUGACAUAGCAUCACAUCACACACACACAGAAAUUAGUAUAUCCAUGUAUGUCAAAUACAGGUUAAAAAAAGCAGGGCAUUUAUACAGAGAGAGGUGUAGUCUUCUAAUAAAAGUAGACUGGAUCCCCUGGGGUAUUUGGGGGAGAAGGUAACUACUUUUGCUCAAACCCUUUGCUUAAGAAAUGUCCAGUUUUGAGCGACUGUAGUAUGGAUGAGUUUUCUUGUUUUGUUGAUUAUUUGAGACUUUUAACAAGUAGUUUGUGAAAGAAGCUGUUGGACUCAACUUAGAGUAGAGAAAAUAUCUUUAGUCUGGAUUUCUGCCCUGCUUAGAUUUUAAAAGUAUAAGCAUGGAUUGCCAAUUCCACUUGAUGUAAACAAAACUUUUUAUACAUAAUAUAUAUAUAUAUAAUAACUUAUUGUAUCAGUCCAGGUUCAGAAACUUGUGGUAGGCCAGUUCCAGAUAGUUUCAUUUCACCUGUAAACUGUAUCACUUUUACUGAUAUUGUAAUUUUCAAAUGUAUAAUAUGUUUACAGAUGUGCCCUGCAUUUAGUCUGCCUUGUUCCUAUUUUGAUUUUUGUUGAGUCUCCUGCCUGCUUGCCAAAAGCUAGGAUGCUUCAGGCCCAUGUACAAUUGAAAGCAGAGGCAUCCUUGAGCUUUAAAGCAUUGAACAAACUGGAAAAUGCAACAUACCACAUACUGAAGUGAAAGAAGUCUGUGUUUUUGUGUUUUUUUUUUUUUAAAUAAAAAUUUUCAAAAAGUUAUAAAAAAAAAGAUAUAAGGUUGAUUAAAGGACAAAAAAAGACUCCAGUUUGUUUUAUAGGUUUUAAAGUUCUGCUGUGUGUUCAAUUGCCUUGUGUAACCACUUGUCGCCUUAGGGCCAGAUUCCCCUGCACCCCCCUUCUUUUUUUAAAAUGUCCAUUUUGCUUGCCUGGAAUUUAAAAGCUCUUCUGUCUCACAACUCACAAGAAACUUUCUGGGUUUGUGACAUAGAGGUUGAAUGAAUAUAUAUUUAAAAAAGAAAACAAAACAGCCCCUGUCUAAAUUGGGCUUUUUAAUUUAGAGGCAACACUUACUUAAAAAAUAUCUUUAGAAAUCUCUUGUUGCUUUUCUACUUCCCUUCCCAUAGCCCUCAGGCCUCCAUGUUUAGAGAAGCCAAAAAGAAUGUAUCCCUUAUCUGUUUGUCCAAAGGUUUUUGAGAGUCUCACUUCUAAAUGAAACAAUGCAACAUUUCACCCUGAUUUUCUCCACUGAAAUUUCCUUGAUUAUAUGGUUAGAGAUAUAUAGUUAGGAAUGUCUCUUUCUGGGAACCCUAGUGCCCCAUCAUAUUGUCAGUAUUUUUGGGCAUUGGGUAAUGGACUUAAUUGCCUAGGUACAAGCAGGACUUUGGGACAAAUCUCCUUUGUGCUGUUUGGUAACACUUAACUCUACUUGUCGCAGUCUUUCUCCUUAGGUCCUCACACAAUUCCUUACAGAGCACUUAUUAAAAAAAAAAAAAAUCUGAAGAGUUGAUUUGUUUUCUGAUUAUUUUUGUGUAAGCUUCUAAACAAACUUCAGCUGUGAUUAAUUUAGCACAUUUAAAUAACAUUAAUGUGUUGUUUGGUAUACAGAAUUUUCCUUCAACUCAGAGUAUUAGUACUGUAGCAUAAACCAAAUACAGUCUAGAGGGGAUUUUUAACAUCCCUCCAUUAUAAAGACUGAAAAAGGAGUGUGUGUGUGUGUGUGUGUGUGUGUGUGUGUGUGCGUGCGCGCACGUGCGUGUGUGUGUGUGUGUGUGUGAGGGACAGAUGGAGAUAGUAAAAAUUAGUAAAUGAAUGUGUGUAAGACAUUAUAUUAGUAUUCAGAGAAUGAACUUGUAUUUAUUUUGUGCCAUUUGUUUUCAUUACACAGAAUUUAAAAGUCAGGUGGUUUUAAUCUUAAAAAGGGUAGUAUUUGAAAAAUGGCACUAAGAAUGAAAUCAUGACCUAUUUUUUUAAUAGCUAUGAAGAUACUAAUUAUGGGUGAAGAUUUCUUUUUAAAUCUGUCUUGAUUGUAGGCUUUUGUGUCACAUACCACUCUCUUGUAGAUGUCUUGAAUAAUUCCCCUUCCCCACAAAAGACAGGGUGUAUUUAUCUUUCUCUUUAUUCGCCCCCCCUUUGCUGACCUGAAGUUAAUUGCAUAGCCUUUCCUCUGACUUUCUUAGUAAUGAACUUUCACAUGAAGUAUAUUUACAGCAUCUGUAGUUAGCCCUUCCUCCUCCUUUCUGGGAGGGGAUAGACAAUAAUUAGGAAAUUUGUUAAUGCCAGUUUGUUUUCUCUCGGAAUAAAUGGCUGGAGAAGUUCUCUCCAUUGUAGAAUUUUGCUGUUCCCCUAAUCAUCUGCUUACACAGUCAUUCAAAAUCUGCAAAAACUUUAUAAAGGAAAAAAAGUGCUGCAUUGGUUUUUCAAAUAACAGUUUCUAGGCAAAAUCUGGCAAACCUCAGUUAGGAGUAUUGUCCACAGUACAAAAUGUGUUUUUUCACAAAACACUACAUAGCAGCAGUAGUUUCAUACUCGGUUGUUAAUCUUGUGACUAUCCCAAUUGGAGGCAUCUAGUGGUCUAUCUUUUAAUGAAAACUUUUAAACACAGGAAAGCCAUUUAGUGUAAAAUUUUGUGUCCUACCCAGUGGCCACAGGCAAGGAAAACUGGAAGAGAACUUUGAUUUUAAAUUCUAAAUAAGGAGAGAAUCAUUCAGUCAAGGCUUUCUUCAGAGAACUAAAUUAAUAAAAGUCCCAUUUCCAAGGAUUAGGAGUAUAGUUUAUGCCAUUGGGCCAUAUCAACACAAGAUCCUUGUAUACCUAUGCUAACUGCACAACAGGACAGAUGCAUGUUAUGAACAAUAAUUUUUGUGGUCAGGUCUGUUGAUGUGGUACUAGUUGAAUUAGAUUCUUUGGGUGGGCUGUGUUCUUUAGCAGCCCUACCCAUAACUUAACCUGCUGGGUUUUGAAAGAGGGUAGGAUUUGCUCAUCUGUUUUUUCCCCCAAGAUUAGAGGGGCAGAGGACAAGACUAGAAGUAUGUGUGAUAGCUGCUCGAAGUUUGCAGAUACAUGGGGUAUCAUUAGUUCUUAAUGCUGAUGUUAUUUUUAUUAAUGUGAUUAAUCAGCAGAGCACCAGGAUUAUUUUAUGGUGAGAAAGAUGGGCUUAUACUUCGAAUAUCUUAAAAUGUCUCUUUUUAAAUAUACUUAAAUGUGUUCACAUGUUUGAGAGCCAGGACCACCCUGGACUGGUUUUAAAGAAUGAUAAAUCAUUGGCCCCCCUCAAAUGCACUGCUUUACUGAGUUUUAAAUUUCACACUGUUUUGCUACUCCAUAUGAAUAAAUAGAAUUUUAAGUUGUCUGCAUAAUAGAAACACCCAGGGAAACAUGAGCGGUAUGUUGCUUCUGCAUUACUGGGAGUGUCCAAUAGCAGUUAUGGGCAAGACACCUAUGGAACAGCCAUCCUCACGUGUGAUGGGAUUGCUGAUUCAGACUUCUCUAUUUACCCAUACAAUUUUGCUUAUGUCCAGAGUUCUAAAGCCAUUUUAUAAUACUGCAGUAUCCCUUUUCUACAGCCUUACUAAAAUAGCUACAAACAUUUUCCAGUUCAGUUUCACUUUUGUUGUAUAUCAAAGUUACACUCUACAGACCAAGAAACCAACUUGAGGUAAAUUAUAUAGCUUUCCAUAUAUCCUUUUUUCCUCAGGUGCUAAACAAAGGCUCCAAAAAACGGAUACUGCUUUAGUAAUGUCUUUUAUUCGUAAACAUUUCUUUUGCUAGACAAAGAUUUGGUGUUAACAAAAAUGGUUUUAAUAUGUAAAUAUGAAUGAAUGCCUUUAGUUUGCCCCUGUUUGUCAUAUUAGUCUUGUUUCAAUUAUCGUCUGUAGAGGAGGAUCCUUUCAUAAUCUUGAAUACAUUUCAUUAGGAAUUGUUGCAUUUUUAGAGUGGAAAUACAACUGUUUUCUGUCUUGGAUUAAUCCUGCUGCUGCUAUGAGAAACUGAAAAUCAAGAAUGUGAUGCACUUUUUACAUUACUAUAUACCAUACCUUUCUAAGUUGCUUUGAAUACCUUUCCUGUAGCACAGCCACUAACAAAAGUGAAUGAAUUUAGAAUUUUUCUUCAGGAGGGAAUCAGUACAAAUAACUAUUUAUGGUAUUGGCCUAUGAAGGGCAGUAACUUAGGAAAAUAAAAAUUCUGUUAGUAUUACGCUUUUUGGCCUUAAAAUGUCUUCUACUACUGAAAAUCUUUUAAAUCUUAGUUUUGUUUCUAUUAUUCCCUCUCUCUGCCUCAAAAGAGGAUUUGGGAAGAGUAGCUUAAAAGAAGUUUCAUUGGUUGUUGCUGAUUUAUCUUUUAGGAAGAAAAUAAUUGUUUACUACAUAAGCUGGGGACUUAUUUUUUGUUUGUAUUCAGAGGAGAAAUAAUGCCAUCCCGAGCCAAUCAGAUUUCGUGUAAUCAAAUCCAUCAAAACUCAGCUAUUCUGCUUCUCUAGUAUAUUUUUACUUAGCAAAGAUAAACUUACAUAUAGUAGGAAUGCUACUUGACAAGAGGAAAAGUCAUUUCUCAAGCACAUACCUAGACUUGGAGGAGACUGAACCCAAAAUAAUGGAGGAAGAAACACCAAAUGGGGUGGAGGAAUAUGAGAUAUGUGGUCCAAAGCUAUCUGGUUAUAUUUUGAUGUUGCCAAUAUUGCCAAGCCAAAAUUUUAAUUUGCUUAUUUAAUAUAUUUGUUGGCCAGAGAUCUAUUUUUAUAUCAAUGUGCCUUGCAUGUAUAUUAAAAAAGUUUGGAAAGGCCAUGUAGUAAUGCCUGAGAUAGUUGAUGGUUCUUACCACCACCUCACUAAUUUUUAUGCAGUAUGAAAUGCUCAUUCUAUCGCCCAACUGGUGCUCUCUGUUUAAAGUUCUAGAUCUUGUCACAAACUGGAACUGUUUUAUAAACUGGGGAAGUGAUUUAAUUUACUUUUUGUUGUUUCUUUUUCUUAAUCUGUUAGUGGCUGUUCUGUAGUGGGAAAUAGUAAAAAGGAUUCUUCACUCCCUUUACCCCCUCAGCACCUUCUUCAAGUAAUGUGAUGACACCAUUUCUUGUGUGCUUUGAAAAAAGUUUCAGCUUGCUGUCUCCUUUAGUGUUAUAAAAAAAAAAAAAGUGUUAUGAAAAGCAUUGUUUGCAAAAUCUAGGGAGAUAAUGGAGUCCACUUUAAUUUGGAAUUCUAUGUGAGCUAUGAUCCAAGUUAUUGGCUCUUUCCAACUUAAAAAUUUUUAUUGUUAAAGCACCUUGGCUUAGAAAAUUUUAAAUAUUUAUGUCUGCAACAAUUGUCUCAAAAUAAUGAACUGUGCAAUUCUUGUCAUUAAAAAAAAAAAAAAAAAAAUCUGAACUCUCCCUAAUGUGACUUGUUAGUUUCUCUGUAUUUCCUGCCAGUGUAAAUGUGAAAAGCUUUGCUUGCAUUACGUUUUAGAAAUGCAUUUUGCACACUCGAAUUCUGCUGAAGCUCCAUGAAAAGGUUAGAUCUAAGUAGAUGAAUAAAGCUAUGCACAUGUUUUGAAAGUUUAAUUUGUGUGUCAUUACCAGAAGUGACCUGUCCUUAUUACUUUGCUGUUCUUAGCUUUACCAUCCUUAGAAACAUGGCUCAAAGUAAUAGUUCUGGGCUAGCUCAUCAGUGGAACUAGAAGAGAGGAAAACUGGCACCUAUUUUAAUAAACUCCAGUUUGAAUGAGAGCUGGACUUGUAUCUACUAAAGGGCUUUUCUUGAAACAGGGCAGUUUUAUCAGCUUUACAAACUUUUGGAUGCUCUUCCUCGUGGAAAUUUUGGUUUAUUUGGUCAAACAGAAAUGGAAGGUAAUUCAAACAAAUAAGAGGGAAGGACCUUUGCCACAUGGAGUUCUGUGACAGUUCUGUCUUAAGCCUGGUUUAAAGGUAGGAUAGCCUUUUUACCUUUAUUGCUUUAGCACAUGUUUGGUUUUACUGAGUGAAUGACUUGAGAUUAGAAUCAUUCAACUGUUUAAAGUUCAAAGCACAGGUUGUUUUAAAGAUAAUGUGUAUCUUUUAAAAAUUGCCCAAGCUGAUUAGAAUAAGUUUAGGAAUUGGGCGAAUUUGGUUAAAUUGCUGCAGUCUGCAUGUACUAAAUAGCUUUACUUCACAUGUAUGUGUACUUAAAAGAUUGUGUAGAUGUACUGGCCAGGUUUGUCAAAUCAUCUUUUAAAACAUUGUUUUGUAAUCUCCUUAGGGCUUUUAUAGAAGAGGCUAAUAAGCUUAAGUAGAAGAUAAUGCUAGUGGUAUUUUCCCCAUGCUCCUCAAUAUAAAAGAAAUAUUUCUGAUUUGUAAGGGUUUUCCUACCUAUAGAGGAGGGUUACUUCUCUGUCAUCAAGUAUGCUCUUACUGUAUGUUGUUGACUUUGAAAACCGCAAAAUCCAUCCUUCUGAAAGUGACAGUUAAAAACUAAAUCUAGUAGUCAAGAUUGGAAAAGUAACCCAUGAUGGCUGGCCUUAAAAGGCAUAAAUGGGGGAAGUGUAGCAUCAUCUUAGAUGAUAUGGCUACUCCUCAGCAUCUGUCACUAGUUCACUUAUGUUCAGUAUGUACUGAAGGAGCAAAAUAAUUUCUGUGUCUUGUGUGCAUCAGCACUUAUGAGCUGAGUUACCUCUUCUUGAUAUGGGGGAAAGGAUACUUAGUGGACUACAGUUAUGUUGGAAGGUGUUUUUCCUUCCCUCUCCCAAUUAAGAUUUUUUUCAGUGUUUGUUUUGCCCAGUCAGAAAAGAUAGGCCUUUUCUAGAUAAAAGAACAGUGGCCAGAAAUUUACCCCUUUGCUAAUUGCUUAGGUAUUUGCCAUAGCUGUUUCUGAUGUCAUGGAAUCUGAGGAAGUGUCAGUUACACUAUGAUCUUCCUUUAUUGAUGUCUUACUCCAUGUUCAGUGUUUUAAAAAUAUAAAUUACAAACACUCUACAUCCAUACCCAGAUUUACUUAUUUUAUCAAAAAAAAAAAAACAAACGAGAAAUUUGUAGAUCAAAUUAAGAGACAAUAAGUGUACAUUGUUGAAUAAAAAAUUUUAAAGUUUCA